AAGCUUAAGUCUUUCUUCUUGUUCCUUAAUUAUCAUCACUCUCAUUUCUCUCUCUAUUCCUGUCUCCUUCUUCUCUUAUGAUCAUCUCUCUCUUAGCUUAGAUCCUUGUUGACUUAUUCAAUCAUCUUACUCACAUCCUUAACAACAACAAAAAACCCUUUGUUCCAAAUUCUCAAUCUUUAUAAAAAUCUUGAAAUUGAAUUUUACAUAACAUAGAGAAAAAGGGACAAAAAAUCUUCUUUUUCCCUAGUUUAAAUCUCUCCUUUGGACCUCAAAAACUCAUUUCUCCAACUAAAAAACCCCAUUUUUGAGCUAGUUUCUAAUUAACAACAUGGCAAACCCAUGGUGGACAGGUCAAGUAGGUUUACAAGGAGUUGAAACAUCAUCCUCAGCUGGCUCACCCUCCCUCAAGAAACCAGAUCUAGGCGUAUCUAUGAACGACCACAGCGGCGGUAGUGGCAGCCACGACGAAGAUAGAGACCACUCCGACGACCCUAAAGAGGGUGCAGUCGAAGUAGCCACUCGUCGACCAAGAGGUCGACCAGCUGGCUCGAAAAACAAGCCGAAACCCCCCAUUUUCGUGACGAGGGACAGCCCUAACGCACUUAGAAGUCAUGUUAUGGAAGUUGCUAAUGGAGCUGAUGUAGCUGAAAGUAUAGCACAGUUUGCUAGGAAGAGACAAAGAGGUGUUUGUGUGUUGAGUGCUACUGGAACUGUUACUAAUGUAACCCUAAGACAACCUUCUGCUCCUGGUGCUGUUAUGGCAUUACACGGCCGUUUCGAGAUCUUAUCGUUGACCGGCGCCUUCCUCCCUGGACCUGCUCCUCCAGGAUCAACAGGUUUGACUAUUUACCUAGCAGGAGGACAAGGACAAGUUGUGGGAGGAAGUGUAGUAGGGUCUUUAGUAGCAUCAGGACCAGUUAUGGUGAUUGCAUCAACCUUUUCUAAUGCUACAUAUGAGAGGCUGCCGUUGGAGGAGGAGGAAGAAGGCGGUGGACAGGUGGCACAAGGACAACUUGGAGGUGGCGGUGGUGGAUCGCCGCCAGGAAUGGGCAGUGGUGGUGGUGGAGGGGUACAACAACAAGGUGGUGGUGGUAUGGGUGAUAUUCCAUCUUCAAAUAUGCCAGUAUAUAAUUUGCCACCAAACUUGCUACCAAAUGGUGGACAAUUGAACCAUGAAGCAUUUGCUUGGGCACAUGGACGCCCUCCUUUUUAAUUUAGAGUGGACCGAGAAUCUUAGGAAAUAGAGUAUGCUGAAUUCAUGGAGAAAUGGUGCUUUGAUGCAACUAGCAGUGACCAACUAGAAGAAUGUGGAGAUAUAUAUAUAGUCUCUCUCUCUUUCUCUAUUCUAGAUCUGAAUUUCUGGAUCUUAUGACAAAACCUGUCUUCUUUUUCAGUUACAUAAUAAAUGGCUCCCAUAGCUAUCUCUAU